AGACAUGGCAAGACUCGCUGCGACGCGGCGCCGGCGACCGCGACGUCACGACCGACGUCACGACCGGCGGCACCAACGAGCGAACGGCGGUCGACGGCGACGACACUCGCCACCUCGGACUCCACCGGCAACGGACUACUCUUCUGAACUAGCCUUGACCCGAACUUUCAUUGCGAUUUAAGAAGGCGAUACAACCGGCCCUUUCAUACAGUCCACUUAUCCUCGUAACAAUAACAUUGGUCCUUUAGGAUUCUCACCGUCUUAAUUUUCGAAAUCGUCGAAAUAACGGUCACCGCAAUGUUCAACGUCGAGUCUCUGCGCACUUCAAAACGCGGUCUUCAGCUAUAGAAGAUCUUCGGGAGCCUUCAUCGUCGUCAAGAUCAUCAUCCUGCCGAAGAAACUUCGCCCGGCAACCGCGCGCGCUCGAGAACAAAGUAGUCGACGGAACGCCGGACUUCGGACCAACCCGCUGAAUCUGCGAGUCAUCGUCAAGAAAAGGAGAAGAUUGCAUCAGCAAGGAUUCACUGGUGGAUGGUUUGGUCACUCUGCGAGAUCGAGAUGCUUUCGGACGACCCCUCCGUUUCCGAGUUGGAGCGCGAGGAGUUCGAAGCCGGGUACCACCCGCUGGUAGCUGAGGCGCGGCGCCUGCUGGGUGCACAGCCCCAGGAUACUUCCGUGAUACAGCUCGAAGAUGCACAGGGGGAAGCCCAAAAGCAUCACGUCCGACAAUGGGACAAACUUCGUCGGCACUUCCAACGAGCUGGCUCAAUUUCUGGUUCAGUCCGACCUUGAAGGUCACAUGGCUCAGGAAGGCAUUGAAUUUAAAUUUGUGCCUGCCUAUACACCUCAUUUCAACGGACUCGCCGAAAGAGCCGUGCGCUCUACAAAGCAUCAUCUUAAGCGGUUACUGCAAACCACUCAUCUUACUUAUGAGGAAAUGGCGACUUUACUCACUCAAAUAGAAGCUGUUUUAAAUUCUCGCCCUCUCAUUCCCUUUUCCACUGAUCCUACAGAUUUUUCCGCUCUAACCCCUGCUCACUUCUUAAUUGGACGCUCGCUUAUGACUGUUCCGCAACCACAGGUGCCUGAUGUCAGCAUCACCCGCCUGGAGCGAUAUAGGAGGAUUGAGCUUUUGAAGCAGCACUUUUGGAGGCGCUUCUGUAAUGAAUAUGUAACUCUUUUGCAACAAAAGCUUAAGUGGCAUUCUUCAAAAUCCGAGUUGAAACUUGGUUCUCUCGUCCUCGUGAAGGAGAAAGCUCUCCCGCCAUUGCUUUGGUGCUUGGGACGCGUCAUUCAGCUUUAUCCUGGCAGCGACGGCACCGCUAGAGUCGCUGAACUGAAGACAAGGAGAGGCACCAUUCGAAGGGCAUUUAAUAACAUCUGUCCCCUUCCAGAUUUUUGAAGUCUUUCAACACCUUCAGUACUUCAACCCGGGGAGCAUGUUGAGACAUGGCAAGACUCGCUGCGACGCGGCGCCGGCGACCGCGACGUCACGACCGACGUCACGACCGGCGGCACCAACGAGCGAACGGCGGUCGACGGCGACGACACUCGCCACCUCGGACUCCACCGGCAACGGACUACUCUUCUGAACUAGCCUUGACCCGAACUUUCAUUGCGAUUUAAGAAGGCGAUACAACCGGCCCUUUCAUACAGUCCACUUAUCCUCGUAACAAUAACAGA